CACUCCGUGUACUUCCUGUGUUAUAACCUUUGUUUACUGUCACUCUUCGGUCCAGUCAAAAAUAGACAUAUGGGCACUCCGUGAAAACUAUCCAGAAGCCUCGGUCGUAAAUUCAGAGCUGUUGUCGGGUCAGCCUUUGGUCAGUAUCUCUUAAAGAUGCAGUCCAGCGCGGCCGACGGCUCACAACAUUUUUGCACGAAAAGCGAAUUUCUUCUACCUAGGCAACAACAACUUUUCUACGUGUGCACAAACGAAUAAUAAGUUUUAACAAUGGCGAUGGCCGCUUGUUUUUUAAAUACGGAUGAAGCGUCCCCCGCGGCUCUCACAGACCUGUGCCUGACUUACGUAAGCCAGAACCUGGGAUAUUACUGUCAGAAGCGCCCUGAUGGAUCCCUGUGUUUAAGAGAAGCUGUACUGUUUCCGCAAGAGCUGGCAGACCAGCUUUUAGCCAAGAUGGCCACUGAAGGUCUUUUGAAUGACAGUACAGUGGGAGUCUUUCGGAACAGUGAAUAUCUUCGUCUGAGGAGAGCAUGUAUCCGCACUGCACGCAUCUCUGCUGAGGCCUUUCAGAGAGCCCUCUGUCCCCACAGGUUGCUGGAGCUUGAUGCUGCUAGAGUAAAUGCAGAUCUCACAAUACCUGAUAUUUUACAAGGCCUAGCCACCAAUAAGUAUUGUCAGGAAUCCCUCCAGCGACUUGUGUUAACAGGUCUAACAAUGUCCUCUCUGGAAGAACCAAUCCAGUAUCGAUUCAGCUCGCUCCACGCUCUACGCUCCCUGUCUUUAGCCAAUGUGGAUUUUUAUGACUCUGGGCUUGUGGAUCUUUGCUCCCUGCCUCGUUUGGAGAGCUUGGAUCUAUCCAAUACAUCAGUCACCAACCUGACUCCUCUUUUGGGUCUUAAGGAGAGGCUACGGUCUCUGACUCUGCAUCAGUUAAAAAGACUAGAGAUGAGCACUGCUCAGCUGCUGGGUGUCAUCGGCCAGUUGGAAGUAUUACAGCAUCUAGAUAUCAGUGAUGACAAACAGUUCACUUCUAACGUAGCCCGUCAACUUCUUGGAAAGCCUGGGAUUUUGCCUGCACUUGUUUCCCUGGAUGUGUCAGGGAGAAAGCAUGUAACUGAUGCUGCUGUUAAAGCAUUUGUUGAGGAGAGGCCAGGAAUGACAUUUGUUGGACUUCUUGCUACAGAGGCUGGAUUUUCAGAUUUUCUUUCUGGAGAAGGAAAUCUUAAGGUAACUGGCGAGGCCAACGAGACACAGAUAUGUGAAGCACUUCGUAGGUACAGUGAGAGAGAAGGUUUUGUGAGAGAAGCCCUGUUCCAUCUUUUUAGUCUCACCCACGUCAUGGAAAAACCAAGACCAGAUAUCCUUAAGCUGGUUGUAUUGGGAAUGAGGAACCACCCGGCCACUCUGAAUGUGCAGCUUGCAGCCAGUGCAUGUGUCUUUAACCUCACAAAGCAGGACCUGGCAGCAGGAAUGCCAGUGCGACUGUUGAGCACCGUCACUCAACUUCUUUUGGAGGCAAUGAGGACAUUUCCCAACCAUCAACAGUUACAGAAAAACUGCCUGCUGUCUUUGUGUAGUGAUCGGAUUUUGCAGGAAGUCCCCUUCAAUCGGUUUGAAGCAGCCAAACUUGUGAUGCAGUGGCUUUGCAAUCAUGAAGACCAAAACAUGCAGAGGAUGGCUGUAGCCAUCAUCUCUAUUCUUGCUGCCAAAUUGUCCACAGAGCAGACAGCCCAACUUGGAGCAGAGCUGUUUAUAGUGAAGCAACUACUGCAUAUAGUUCGACAGAAGGCCACUCAGGGCGUGGUUGAUGCCACUCUCAAGUUCACUCUGAGUGCACUCUGGAAUCUCACUGACGAAUCGCCCACAACCUGCCGCCAUUUUAUUGAGAACCAAGGGCUGGAUCUGUUUAUAAAAGUGCUGGAGUCAUUCCCCAACGAAUCCUCCAUUCAACAGAAGGUCCUUGGAUUGCUGAAUAAUAUAGCAGAAGUUGCGGAGCUUCAUGGAGAACUGAUGGUGCAGGGUUUUCUAGACCAUAUUAGCACUUUACUGCACAGCUCAGAGGUGGAGGUCAGUUACUUUGCAGCAGGAAUUCUUGCUCAUCUCACAUCCAGAGGAGAAGAGUCCUGGACACUCAGCCCCAGUCUGAGGUCCACGCUGCUCGAACAACUACACAAUGUUAUUACAAAGUGGCCCCCACCUGAGUGUGAAAUGGUUGCUUACAGGUCAUUUAACCCUUUCUUUCCUCUACUUGAGUGCUUUCACACACCUGGUGUCCAACUAUGGGCAGCUUGGGCCAUGCAGCAUGUUUGCAGUAAGAAUGCCUCUCGCUACUGUAGCAUGUUGUUGGAGGAGGGUGGGCUGCAACAGCUCGAACAGGUCCAAGCUCACCCGCAAACACACAAAGAUGUUAAAAUGUUGGCAGAGAGUAUUCUGGAGAGUUUACAGCGGCACCGCGCCCGAACUGGGCAACCUGUAAAUGUACUCCCAAGACGCCCAGCGGAACAGUGAUCUCACACAG